GCCAUCUCUCUCUCUCUCUGGUAGACGCGACUAGGAGGAAACAGAGAGGAGGGUGGGAGAGACUAUAAAGAAGAGCUGCCCCAAGACUCUUUCUCUCUUUAUUUCCUCUCUCUCUCUCUCUCUACACACACACGGGGCUGAAACGGGCAAAUCGAAAGAUUCAGUGAUUUCCAGACCUGUUUAGCCAUGAUCUCGUUGAAUGGAACCAGUUUUAUGAACAACUCGCUCUCUGGAGUCUCGAGAAGUUUAUCUCAUUCACAGAGACGAGUCCAUGUACCUGUGGUUGUGGCGGCUUUGAGCUCCAAUGGCCGACCAGGAGAGAGAAACGCGACCCUGUUAAUGGAGACUACUCUGAAGGAGAUGAGAGAUGGGUCUUCGGCGAUCGAGGUGGACCCCAAAUCCACCGUCGGCGGUGGAGUUGAUGACGUGUACGGCGAGGAUAGAGCCACCGAGGAUCAGUCUAUCACACCUUGGACUGUCUCUGUUGCUAGUGGGUAUUCAUUAUUGCGGGAUCCACACCACAACAAAGGGCUCGCCUUCUCUGAGAAAGAGAGGGAUGCCCAUUACCUGCGUGGUCUUCUUCCCCCAGUCGUCGUUGCCCAAAAUCUUCAGAUCAAGAAAUUGAUGCACAAUAUCCGCCAGUAUCAAGUCCCACUGCAGAGGUACAUGGCCAUGAUGGAUAUCCAGGAGAUGAAUGAAAGGCUGUUCUACAAGCUCCUCAUUGAAAAUGUUGAGGAGCUGCUCCCAGUUGUCUACACUCCCACCGUUGGUGAAGCAUGUCAAAAAUACGGGAGCAUCUUCAGGCGUCCUCAGGGUCUUUUUAUCAGUUUGAAAGAAAAAGGGAAAAUUCUUGAGGUACUGAAGAAUUGGCCUCAAAGGAAAAUUCAGGUUAUUGUUGUCACUGACGGGGAGAGGAUUUUGGGUCUUGGGGAUCUUGGCUGUCAGGGGAUGGGGAUACCUGUCGGGAAGCUUUCUUUGUAUACAGCACUUGGAGGGAUUCGUCCAUCAGCUUGCUUGCCUAUAACCAUUGAUGUGGGAACAAACAAUGAGAACUUGUUAAACGAUGAGUUUUACAUUGGUCUCAGACAAAGGAGGGCAACUGGGCAGGAAUAUGCCGAACUUCUUCUUGAAUUUAUGAGUGCAGUCAAGCAGAUCUAUGGUGAGAAAGUUCUCAUUCAGUUUGAAGACUUUGCGAACCAUAAUGCUUUUGAUCUGCUUGCGAAGUAUGGCAGUACACAUCUUGUUUUUAAUGAUGACAUACAGGGGACAGCAUCUGUGGUCCUUGCAGGGCUUAUCUCGGCACUAAAGGUUGUUGGGGGAUCCUUAGCUGAUCAUAGAUUUCUAUUCCUUGGAGCCGGAGAGGCUGGCACUGGGAUCGCAGAACUUAUAGCGCUUGAGAUCUCAAAACAGACUGGUGUCCCGUUAGAAGAAAGCAGAAAGAAGGUUUGGCUUGUUGACUCCAAGGGGUUAAUUGUUAGCUCCCGCAUGGAAUCGCUUCAACAUUUCAAGAAACCCUGGGCCCAUGAACACGAACCUGUUAAAGAACUUAUUGACGCUAUUAAGGCAAUCAAGCCAACGGUGUUGAUAGGAUCAUCAGGAGCAGGAAGUACAUUUACUAAAGAAGUAGUUGAGACUAUGACAUCCUUAAAUGAGAAACCUGUUAUUCUUGCUCUCUCCAAUCCGACUUCACAAUCUGAAUGUACUGCCGAAGAAGCUUAUACAUGGAGCAAGGGUCGUGCCAUUUUCGCAAGUGGGAGCCCAUUUGGCCCGGUUGAAUAUGAUGGGAAAGUUCAUUUGUCUGGCCAGGCAAAUAAUGCAUAUAUUUUCCCUGGGCUUGGUUUGGGUUUGAUAAUCUCUGGUGCAAUCCGUGUUCAUGAUGACAUGCUUCUUGUGGCUUCGGAAGCUCUAGCAGCUCAGGUAACUCAGGAGAACUUCGACAAGGGGCUCAUAUUCCCGCCAUUCACCAACAUCAGAAAGAUUUCUGCUCACAUUGCCGCCAGGGUGGCUGCUAAAGCUUAUGAACUCGGUUUGGCUACUCAUCUCCCGCAACCAGAAAAUCUGGUUGCAUAUGCAGAGAGCUGCAUGUAUAGCCCUAAUUAUCGAAGCUACCGGUGAUUUCAGUGGACAGUUCUCGAGUUCUGUCACUACAACGGGCUAUCAUUAUAAUGUUGUUGUCAAUUUUCAUUUUGGUUUUCCAUUUUUUGUUUUAUUUUAUUUUAUUUUUAAUUUUUUUUUCUUGGUUUCUUGAAAAAAAAUUCAUUUUCUUGGAACUUGUUAGUUGGAUGUUACUGGGUAGGUAGGAAAACCAUGUGGAAGUUUGUUAGUCAGGUCAUUAAAAGGUUAAAUUUAGCUUCACAAAAUGUUGUGUACUAUUUAAAAUUAUACAAAAAACACCUACCAAGAAAAAAAUAAUUAUAAAUGAAUUUAAAUA